UCGCCAAAGACGUCCGGGCUACCCACCAUGCCAUCUAGCGCUGUGAUACAUUGUAUGUUGUAAUGAUUUACCAACAUAUCCCUGUGUCUAGGAAGAUAAGGUAUGUAGUGUAAAACAGAGACAGAAUAUAGAUCAAUUCCAGUGAGUGUGUGUAACACGACAAUCCAAUAUGUCCUUUCUUUGGGUGAUGCUACUGAUGGGAAUGAUUUACAAUGCUAUAGCUCAAGAUCCAACACUGGAACCGCAUACGUUGGAAAUAUUUAGACGACUUGACCGCGACGACAAACUGAUUUCUGAAAUGGCUAAGACAAUUGCUGAGUUAAGGGAAGAUAACAGGGGCUUAAAGAGAAAGUUUGAUAUGAUGUGGAAGUUUUACACCCGGGAUCUCAACAAUAAACGUGUAACUGAUGAUGAAGAUAAUACACCACAACAGUUCACCGGAGACGACGCAAACAAUACCUCGUCACGUGGCAAACUAACAGUUGUUGACCGGGUAAGUCCAAGUUUCGCUCCUACUACUGCCUUUUUCGCCAUACUAGGGAGUGAUUUGAUCGACCCAAGUGAAAAUUACGUCAUUCCUUUCCACAAUGUUGUCACGAAUAUUGGUGGGAAUUUCAACACCCAUGGAACAGGAGUGUUCCUCUGUGAGAUUCCCGGAACUUACGUUUUCCAAUGGACAAUAUGUGUCAGAGGCCACCAAAUGGCAUUCGGUGUACUUGUGAAGAAUGGUUCUCCGAUAUCAACUGUCACUAGUGGGAGAGAUGAAAUAGAGUACUCCUCAGGGACGGGAUCUGCCAUCAUCGAACUAGACCCUGGAGAUGAUGUAGUUUUAGAAGUUAAAGACCCCAGAAAUUCCGCUGAUAUUUCUGGAGGAUUUACAACAUUUUCUGGCUUUCUGCUGAAAUAACUUACAAACCUUUAUAUAUGCCGAUAUUUACACUUUAAAACAUGUCACGACUCCCAUGAAAUAAAAGAACUAACGGACUUGCAAUAAUGAA